AUGACAGCCUUGUUCCCCAAUACGUGGCACCUUCGAACGGUGGCCGAGAACUCCUCAAAAGCAUGCUAUGUCUGCUACAAGCCCACCACCCGCGUACUCAUCACUCCUAACAAUAAGGAUUUCUUCUACAUCUGCCCCGGCCACCUGACGGACCCGGGAUUUGCGUCGCCAGUGAUUGAUGCCGAAGCCGAGGCGGCAAAGGCUAAGAAAGCGGCGAUGGAUCUGGAGAUUGAGAAGGUGAAGCAGGAGUAUGAAGAGAAGCAGAAGAGGAAGAAGGAGAAGAAAAAGAAGGGUAAGAAGGAUGAUGGCAAGGGUAAGGAGAAGGAGAAGGAACAGGAAGAUGAGGAGGAGGAUGGAAAGGCGGAGAAGGAACGCGAUGAUAAGAUCACAUCAAUUAAAGGAGGCGGAGGAGAGUCGAAGUCAGAUGAUAUACCACGUAUUUAUGCGCUACACAGAAAUUUCUACCAGAUGCGAAUCGAUCGAAUACGCAACGCCGAAAUGGCCAAGAGGGCCCAGCAACGAGUCAAAGAUCCGACAUUCUUCCCGUCCGCUCCCAAGAACGAUCCUCAGUAG